UUCUUCAAUUUUCUCGUCAUGCUCUGUUUCUCCGCCGCCGCUCACCACCACCGCCGCCGCCGCUGACGGAGGCGCCGCGCCUUCAUUUCCAAGUGUAUUCAACAAAGAAGCAACUUGAAAAAAUUCUACAUGGGGAACUGCAACGCCUGUAUAAGACCUUCAGAAGCGAAGUCGCCGGCGCCGGCGCCGACGCCGAGGAAGCACCGGGAGCGGUACCCUAAUCCCUACGCGCAAUCGCCGGCGUCGAUCCGCGUGCUGAAGGAUUUCAUUCCGCGGACGAAAAUCACCGACAAGUACAUCCUCGGCCGCGAGCUCGGCCGCGGCGAGUUCGGCGUGACGUACCUCUGCACCGACCGCGAAACUCGCGAAGCUCUGGCGUGUAAAUCAAUCUCGAAGAAGAAGCUCCGGACGGCGGUCGACAUAGAGGACGUCCGCCGCGAGGUCGCCAUCAUGUCGAGCCUGCCUGACCAUCCGAACGUCGUGAAGCUACGCGCCACCUACGAAGACGACGACGCCGUCCAUUUGGUGAUGGAGCUCUGCGAAGGCGGCGAGCUCUUCGACAGAAUCGUCGCCCGCGGCCACUACAGCGAGCGCGCCGCCGCCGCCGUCGCGAGGACCAUCGCCGAAGUCGUCCGUAUGUGUCACCACCACGGCGUUAUGCACCGCGAUUUGAAGCCGGAAAACUUCCUCUUCGCCAAUAAGAAGGAGAAUUCCGCUCUUAAGGCAAUCGAUUUUGGACUGUCCGUCUUCUUCAAGCCUGGGGAUAAAUUCACGGAGAUUGUAGGGAGUCCAUACUACAUGGCGCCAGAGGUUCUGAAGAGGAACUACGGACCUGAAGUAGACAUAUGGAGUGCUGGUGUGAUUCUCUAUAUUUUGUUGUGUGGUGUUCCUCCAUUUUGGGCAGAAAACGAGCAAGGAGUUGCCUUGGCAAUCUUGAGAGGUGUGCUGGACUUCAAGAGGGAGCCAUGGCCUCAAGUUUCAGAAAGUGCAAAAAGCCUUGUGAGGCAGAUGCUUGAACCUGAUCCCCAAAAGCGUUUGACAGCUCAACAAGUGCUUGAUCACCCGUGGAUACAAAAUGCAAAGAAGGCUUCGAACGUCCCAUUGGGGGACAUAGUGAGGGCAAGACUCAAGCAAUUCUCCGUCAUGAACAAGUUCAAGAAGAAAGCAUUGCGGGUAAUCGCCGAGCAUUUAUCUGUGGAAGAAGUCGAAGUAAUCCGAGAUAUGUUUGCGCUGAUGGACACAGACAAUGAUGGGAAGGUGACGUACGACGAACUAAAAGCUGGUCUUCGGAAAGUGGGAUCCCAACUAGCCGAGCCUGAGAUCAAACUACUCAUGGAUGUGGCCGAUGUAGAUGGAAACGGAGUCUUGGACUAUGGGGAGUUUGUCGCGGUGACUAUCCACUUACAAAGGAUGGAGAACGACGAGCAUUUCCGGAGAGCGUUCAUGUUCUUUGACAAAGACGGGAGCGGACAUAUCGAACUCAACGAAUUAAGAGAAGCUUUAGUCGACGAAUCGGGCGAACCCGAGCUUGAAGUACUCAACGACAUUAUGCGCGAGGCUGAUCUAGACAAGGAUGGUCGAAUCAGCUACGACGAGUUUGUUGCCAUGAUGAAAACCGGGACGGACUGGAGAAAGGCGUCCCGGCAGUAUUCCCGGGAGCGGUUCAAGAGCUUGAGCCUCAAUCUAAUGAAAGAUGGAUCUUUGCAGCUGCAGGAUGGCUUCACAGGUCAGACAGUCGUCGUUUAAUUUUUUAAAUUCUGAAGCGAAUGGUGUCGGCUUCAAGAGCGACGAGAAUUCCUGUUUUCGGGUCGGGUCGGGUCGGGUCGAUGUGGUUUUAAAAUUGGUAGAUUAGAGAUUUUGUGGGUUAUUGUGUUGUAUAUUUUUGUUUUGUGUGUUUGUGAUGUGUUGUGUAUAUGAUCUUUGAUGGUGUUGGUUUUGGUGAUUUGGGAUUUGUGAUAUUUGGAAGUGUAUUCAUUUUAUUCAAAGUUGGAAUUACAUCACCUUACUAUUUUGUUCUAAAA